GUCAAGAGUGAUCCCUCUUGCAAAGCGAAACCGAAUGGCUCUGAAGUUUGGUCGGUCUGUCUAUCAGUACGCCCGCUUUGCCAAAGUAAAUUCUUUUGCAAAGUCAUUGCCUUGCAGUGGUGCUAGCAUUCAUUCAACAGUCAUGGGUGAUGAAAAACCAGUGGAGACUGCUAUACGCACAAAGCUGACGGAGGCUUUGAAGCCCCAGCAUCUAGAUGUCAUCAAUGAGAGCUACAUGCACAACGUUCCCAAGGGGACUGAGUCUCACUUCAAGGUUGUAAUUGUUUCAACGGCCUUUGAGAAUGUGAAACGUUUACAGAAACACCAGCUGGUUCAUAAAGCCUUGGAAGAGGAGUUGGAAUCAUCCAUUCACGCAUUGUCCAUUGUUGCAAAAACCCCAAAGGAAUGGGAGACGUCUCAAGAUGUGGGCCAGUCUCCUCCAUGCCGCGGUGGUGCUGGAUUGUGAUUGGACCGGCGUGUUUUCUGUGUUUGUUGUACCCAUGUCUGUGGAUGGUGUUUUCUGUGUGUGUGUGUUGUACCCAUGAAUGUGGGUAGGUGUGUUUUCUAUGUGUGUGUUGUACCCAUGAAUAUGAAUAGGUGUGUUUUCAGGUGUGUAUGUUGUACCCAUGUCUGUGGAUAGGUGUGUUUUCUGUAUGUGUUGUACCCAUGAAUAUGGGUGGGUGUGUUUUCUGUGUGUGUGUUGUAUCGAUGUCUGUGGAUAGGUAUGUUUUCUAUGUGUGUAUUGUACCCAUGAAUGUGGGUAGGUGUAUAUGUGUGUUGUAUCCAUGAAUGUUGGUAGGUGUGUUUUCUAUAUAUGUGUGUUGUACCCAUGAAUGUGGAUAGGUGUGUUUUAUAUGUGUGUGUUGUACCCAUGAAUGUGGAUAGGUGUGUUUUCUCUGUGUGUGUUGUGCCCAUGUCUAUGGAUAAGUGUGUUUUGUACACAUGAAUGUGAAUGAUCACAGGGCGAAGGAAACUAAUCUGUGUGACAAAUGAUUUUAGGAAUGAGUGAGUUUUCUGUUUUCUGAUAGGAUUACCUCUUGAAGGUGUCCAACUGUUGAUGAGAUGUUUUUCCCUAUAAUUAUUUUACAUUUUUUUUAAACCGUUCUUUUAUCUCUGUAGUUAGAUUCUAUGCUUUUUAGUCUUUUGAACUACCUCUGUUUUGUCAUUUCUGUUCAGUCUUAAGGAAAAGUAUUGUUGCGAUGAAAUUAAUUGAAUUAAUCUGAAUGAUGCUUUGGUUUUGUCUUUAACUUUAAUUGCCCUUGGACUUUAUGAUUUUGUCUCCUCUAAAGAAAGACUUUUCAAUUUUCAAAAGGAGCAGUGUACACUAUUUUGUUAAUAAAAAUGAUUGUUUUUUUUAUCAUCUUUCCAUUUUUUGUUGUUGCCCUUUGAGUUAUUGAUAGAAUUUUUUGGUGCUGUGACUAUGAAAUUUUAGCAAAACAAAGCUUUGAAAUAAGUAUUGUGGUAUGGAACAAGUUGUUUUGCAGGGAAAAUAACAUCUUUGGCUUUUAAAAUCAA